UACGAGCCGGGGGGGGGAAGGACGGGUUUAGUUUAGCUGUUGCGGCGGCGGGGCUACGUUUAUUAUUAAUUUUUUUUGUGCUUUGCGGCCGAGGAGGAGCUGGCUGGCUGGCAGUGGUAGCAGCUGCAGCUGUUUACACAACGGAUUCGUUUUUUUUAUUUUUUUGGUGGGGUUGGAAUCCUGUUUUUUUUUUAAGUUGCGCUGGAGCCGGCAGAGAUGAACGGGCCUGAGGUCGCCAAGACGCCGGGGGGUGGCAGCGCGCCAGGGAAGGAGGAGCCGGUGACCAACGGGCACAGGGAGAGCGAGCCCAACCCCUUCGCGGAGUACAUGUGGAUGGAGAACGAGGAGGAGUACAACCGGCAGGUGGAGGAGGAGCUCCUGGAGCAGGAGUUCCUGGAGCGCUGUUUCCAGGAGAUGCUCGACGAGGAGGACCAGGAUUGGUUUAUUCCAGCGCGGGACCUCCCCUCGGGGGUGGGGCAGCUCCAGCAGCAGCUCAACGGCCUGUCUGUCGCCGACGGCAGCACAACCGAGGACAUCGUGCGCAAGAGCAGCUUGAACCCUGAAGCGAAGGAGUUUGUGCCGGGAGUGAAGUACUAGGACAGCCGGGACCCGGAGAGGCCCCUCUAAAAAGACUCUGGUGUCCGGUGUGACAUCGGCCACAUGCUGCACAAACUCGGGACUGGGAAUUGACACAUUGAGGAAAAAGAAUUCUAUAAGCUUUUUAUUUCCAUUUGUUUCCAUGUGUACUUUUUGGAAGGGUGGGUGGGGGGGGGGGAUCAGUAUUAAAGAAAUACUGUAGUUACACGAGUUACGUAAACAGUAGAACAAACCGUUUUUUUAAGUCAACGAGCUGAUCGCAGAUGGGUUGUCUGGUUGAGAAGAGGGGUGGCAGUUGGACGCAGGCCUGGAUGAGUUUUUGGGGUUUGUAUCUGUUCCGUGGGCGGGGCUGGUGGGGAGAGGGGUGUUGCUCGGCGCAGUGGAGGUGCUUGGCCUGUGUACGGGGGCAAACACACAGGAUUUGUGCGGAGAUUUACAGAAUCUUCUUCCAUCUAAGUCUAAAUUCCGUUCAAAAACAAAAAAAAAACCAAUAAAGGUAAAAGGUACCUCAUUUCGACCUC